AUGUUCAAAGUUUUGAACUUUAUACUUGCAAGGCCUAAUCCUUCGUCUGGAAACUUUUGUCAACAAUUUUUAAAAGUGCCAUUAGCAUUGGGACACACUUUCCCGGGAUCUCCUCUUUCACUUGACUCGGCGUCCUCUAGUCAAACUCAUCUUUCACUUACAAGCAACAAUGAAGCACCCGCAAGCAAUAAAAGCACGGAGGAGGAGACUGAACCACCGUCGUCUUCGUCUGUAGAUUGCGUCGGAAUGGGAUCAGACGUGGAAUGCGUCUAUAACGGAGAAGAUGAGGAGAACCAGAGCUCCGGAAUCUUGAGCGGCGGAGAAGGAUCAUUCCUUGAAUGGACGGUUCUGAUUUCACCCUUCUUUUUCUGGGGAACGGCGAUGGUGGCGAUGAAGGAAGUGUCGCCUAUUACUGGUCCUUUCUUCGUGGCCGCAUUUCGGUUAAUUCCGGCUGGUUUGUUGCUUGUCGCGUUUGCAGUUUACAAAGGCAGACCUUUCCCUAAAGGACUCAAUGCUUGGCUCUCUAUUGCUCUCUUUGCUCUUGUGGACGCUACUUGUUUCCAGGGAUUCCUUGCUCAAGGGUUACAGAAUACUUCUGCUGGUUUAGGAAGUGUUAUAGUUGAUUCUCAGCCACUGACUGUAGCUGUAUUAGCAUCUUUCUUGUUUGGUGAGUCCAUUGGAAUAGUGAGAGCUGGAGGUUUGCUCCUCGGCGUUGCUGGACUUUUGCUUCUUGAGGUUCCAUCAGUUACUUCAGAUGGUACUAAGUUUUCCUUGUGGGGAAGUGGAGAGUGGUGGAUGCUUCUUGCAGCUCAGAGCAUGGCUAUUGGCACUGUGAUGGUUCGAUGGGUCUCUAAAUACUCUGAUCCAAUUAUGGUUAUCGGUUGGCAUAUGGUUAUUGGUGGCCUUCCUCUUUUGGCGGUUUCCGUUAUAAACCAUGACCCAAUUUUUAGCGGCAAUCUUCAAAAUUUAUCCACAAACGAUGUCAUAGCACUUCUUUACACAUCCAUUUUUGGCAGCGCAGUUAGCUACGGUGUUUACUUCUACAGCGCUACUAAAGGAAGCCUAACUAAACUCAGCUCCCUCACUUUCUUGACACCAAUGUUUGCCUCAAUCUUUGGGUAUCUGUACCUCGAUGAGACUUUCUCCCCAUUGCAACUAGUCGGGGCUGCAGUCACUUUGGCUGCUAUAUACUUGGUGAACUUCCGGAAGGGAACGACUGAGACACUUUUUUAGUUCGUACUGCUUUUAAAAACUUGUUAUGAAGAUAUACAAGAUGUAUCCAAGAACUUGUUUUGAACUUUACACACUUGCAAGGCCUUUCUAACAACUAGUCAGGAAACAUUUGUCAACAAA